AUGACACGACCACAAACCCAGCAAAAUGGGAGCCGUUCCGUUACCAACGGCCAAUCAAAUGAAUACAAUGGCAAUUCCUUCAAUGGAAAUGGCCAUGUUCGGUCAUCUACCACUGGUGCGCUUGACUUAACCGUCCUGGGAAUGAACAGUGGCACUGCCAUGGACGGUAUCGACUGUGCACUUGUUCGAUAUUACCAAGAGUCUCCGGAUGCCCCUCUACACAUGGAGCUCAUUAAAUAUGAUGAGAUCCCCGUACCUCAGUGGAUCAAGAAACCCGUUCUCACGAUGCUUCGGGAGACCAAGACGACUCCCUCAAAAAUGUCGCAACUCAAUGUACAACUUGGACAGAUGUUUGGUGAUGCCGUCGAAGAGUUUUGCGAUAAACACGAGAUAUCGAUGGACAGUAUUGACCUCAUCGGAUCACAUGGACAGACCAUCUGGCUUCUAUCCAUGCCGGAAGAGGGGGAGACACGUUCUGCAUUUUGCCUUGGGGAGGGCACAGUUAUUAGUGCCAUCACCGGUAUCACAACUGUGACAGACUUCCGAAUGGCAGAGCAAGCCGUGGGUAGACAGGGUGCCCCAUUGGUUGCUCUGAUUGACGGCCUUCUGCUUCAUCACCCGACCAAGUGGCGUGUCUGUCAGAAUAUUGGUGGAAUUGCCAAUCUUUGUGUCAUCCCCCCUGAUUCCGAGGGCGGGGUGGACGCAAUGGUCGACUGGGACUGCGGCCCGGGCAACAUGUUCAUUGACAACGCCAUGAGAUAUUUCACUAACGGCGAGAUGGAAUACGACAGAGACGGCGAAUGGAGCUCCAGAGGCACCGUGCGCCAGGACAUUGUUGAUAAGUUUCUGAGUACAAACAAGUACUGCAACCACGUUCCUCCCAAGACCACAGGACGGGAGACAUUUGGGGACAAUGAAGGCCAAGAACUGCUUAACGAGUGUCUUGCUGCUGGGUGUGAUAAGUACGACACACUAGCAACCAUUACUCGGAUAACGGCCCAGAAUAUCAUCAAGCAAUACCGCACAUUCUUCCCUCACUUCGGCAUCAGCGUGGAUGAGAUUGCAGAGGUUUAUAUGUGCGGCGGUGGUGCCCGAAACCCGACCAUUAUCAAAUAUCUCAGGGAGCAACUUCCGGGUACAAAGAUUCGGGCGCUAGAUGAGACCGGAGUCCCAUCGGAUGCCAAGGAGGCAGUUUCCUUUGCCCAACAAGCCAUGGAGACUAUCUUGGGGCGACCAGCCCUGGUUCCUAUCAAUAGUGACAGCCUAGUGCCUAACACUAUCUCAGGCAAGAUUGCUCCUGGCAGGAGAUGGCGCGAGAUUAUGAGCUCCAGUAUCAGAUUUGGGGAGGGUCGCUCGGCCUUGCCCACAGCCAAGGAAAUGAUCGUGGAACGGCCUUACACUGCAUGGAAAGCUAUGCAAGCUUUUGACUGA